GACUUGACUCACAAAGCACUUUUCACUCGCCAGGGAAGGCUGCUGGUGUACAAGUAAAGGAUAAUUGUGCACUGGUUAUAUUAGUGAAAUUAGUGGAAUUAAGUAGUAUUUCUUCUGAAACAAAUUAGUAGUCGGAUAAGGUAUAAAAAAUGAUCAAGUUAUUCUCCUUGAAACAGCAGAAAAAGGAUGGGGAGGUGUCUACCACAUCGACGAGCCAGAAAAGGUCAUCCCCUGCACAGCUCCGUGUGAUGAAGGAUUUGAAUGAAUUGAAUCUCCCGAAAACCUGUACAACAGACUUUCCGGAUGCGGAUGACCUGUUAAAUUUCAAGUUGAACAUUUGCCCAGAUGAAGGAUUUUACAAGGGGGGUCGAUUCGUCUUCAAUUUCAAGGUUGGACAGAAUUAUCCACAUGAACCCCCCAAAGUAAAGUGUGAGACGCAAGUUUAUCAUCCGAACAUCGAUUUGGAAGGGAACGUUUGUCUCAACAUUUUACGAGAAGACUGGAAACCUGUGCUGACUAUUAAUUCGAUAGUGUACGGGCUUCAGUAUCUCUUCCUGGAACCAAACCCUGAAGACCCCUUGAACAAAGAGGCCGCCGAUGUCCUCCAGUCAAAUCGAAGACUUUUUGAAACCAACGUCAUGAAAGCGAUGCGAGGUGGCUACGUGGGCUCAGUUUUAUUUGAGCGCUGCCUUAAGUAAUUUUGUCGAAGGGUCGAAAACUCGAGUGUUAACAUGGUUUUGAACAUUUUAAAAAUUUAACCGUAUACAAUGAACCUCUUUGCUGAUUUAUUUAGUGCAGGCAAAUUGAGGUUUUACCACGAUGUAAAUCUAAACUAUUUUUUAUUUAAGCUGAUCAUGUCUCUUGCUGUAAAACACAGAAUACGUGUGUUUGAAAUGAACUCUACGAUAUACCCAUGUACCUCAGUUUCUGUAUAAGAUAAUCCGUUUAAUAUCGCCACGCGAAAUAAAUAAUAUCAAGUUCGAAAUAUUAUCCAUGA